AUGGAUUAUUGUUGGGGGCCUAUUCAGGUGGAACAAUUUUUAAAUUUUGCAGAUGAAUUGCCACAGCACGGAAUUUUUAAGCACAUUUUUAAAUAUUUAAAUGGCAUUCCAUUUGUCGAAAAGACCAUUUUGUUACUAAAAUCUAGUGCUAACAUUGUGGAAUCGCAAGUUAACAUACAAUCUUUUAGUGCAAGAAUUGAAAAUGUUUAUUUAUCAUCCUUUCUUACUAGAAAAUUCAUAAAUUUCGCAUCUGAACACUCACUUAGUGUCGUUUCACAUGACCUAGAUUUCCCAUUCACAAUCCAUCAAUCGGUGUUAAAGGUUAAAGUGUCUAAGGAACAAUUUGAACGGUUGGGAUUAGCUGUUAAACGGGGUAGUUUUCAGGAAAAUAAACCAUUCGCCAUCGCACUAGAUAAAAUUACACCCAAUGUAGAGAAGAGAUACCAGGGCUUAUUAGGAUCUACAAGAACUAAUGCUAGGAGUGUAAUUAUUGUCUCUAGAAAGGCAAUUGAUCAUAACACUUGGGAUCUGUUAAAGGAUAUAAUUGAUGGUCCAAAUUUAACGCUACAAUCUACGAGUUGUGCCAUCUCUAGGAUGGAAUCUUUUUUGUUGAAAUUUACUCCACAAAACGAUGAUGAAAUAAAACUAAACAAAAAUGAGAAAGUAGAACAAACUCAAAAAAGGGUUAGGGAGGAAUUUAUACCUGUAGAAUCAAAGUGCAAUGAUUUUAAAAUGAUAGCCAAGUAUGAGAAUGAAAUGAUCGUCUAUGCCAGGCAUGAAAAUUUGUUCAAAAAAGUUUAUUUCACAAUCAAACGCAAUUUUACCAGCAAAAAUUUUGACCCCUGGCAAGUUAUCCAAGAUUUUGAAACUGCAAGGAUUAAGAAUAUUUGGCACACAAUAUUGGAUAAUGAAUCAUCUCAAUAUAGGGUUAUUGAGAACUUACUAAUCGACUUGGGAAAAUUAAUCAUAGGUGAUACAAAAGAUAGUAAUGAUUGUUAUGCAUCGCAAAAUGAUGACCUUUUGUCUUUAAAAAUUGUAUUAGGAAACACAGUCUCAUUUGGGCACAUUGUAAAUUUACUAAGAGUUGCCUUUGUUCAAUCUAAAAAGGUGGAUGAAGGGACUAUGUUUGCCAUGACUGUAGUGGGAUUGAAUCCAUUCAAAGAUUCCAAGUCAAUGAUUGGCUGUGAAGAGGCUUGUCAUUUGAUUUGCCAAAAACACAAUGGAAAGGUGUAUCUUAUUGGCAUCAACGUUAAGUCUUGA